UUCCUGCGCCACACUCCCUGCGUGGCUCUUGCGCGUGGAGCCCUUUUGUUUCGUUCGUAAAGACAACGCCAACGAACGGACGCACCCAAUGUCGCCGCCUUCGUCGGAGAAGCUCGACUUGACGUCGCUCCAGUCCUACUCGCCCUCCUGGCCGCACACGCUGCGUCUGACGCUGGCCAUUGCCGUGCAGUAUGCCAGCACGAGGUGCGUCGAGCGGGCCCGCGAGCUUCACCGCCUCAUCGACCCCCUCGCGGCCGACACGGAGGGCAGCAACAGCAACAGCAACGACGACGAUGACGAUCUCGUCGAGAGGGACGAGGAGGGCAGGUCGACGGGCAAGCUCGAGGGGUGGGCGAGGAAGAGGCGGCUGAGAAAGGAAAAGGAAAUGGUCGAUGCCUGGAUCGAAUAUGGCGACAAGUUUGUCAUGGCGACCUGCCAGCAUCUCGGAAUCUCCAGAGAGACGCUUCCCCCUGGGCCCCUGACGCUCGAAGACGUGCUCUGCGCAAGCCGAGGCCGCAUCGAUGACGACUCGCCAAGCAAAGAGCCCGCCGCCAUGGCGCAAUUUGAGAUGGGCAAUUCGCACGCCUCGAGGCUCCGCGAAGGGACAGGCACGAUGGCCAAGCAGGUCAAGGAGGCUGAGCAGCAGGAAGAUCAGGAGCAACGGGACAAGUUGCACGAGGAAGAGGCGAAUGAGGGGGAUGGUCAGCGGACACAUGAUCAAGAGGGAGAGAAGAGCGAGGAAAAUGCGAGCACAGGCCAAGAGAUUUCAGAGAAGGAAUCAGGAAAGGCUUUCAAAGAAGGGGACAAGAGCGAGGCGCAUGUCAAGCGAAGCGGGGGCGCCUUUGAAGAGGAGAACGCGAGGGGAAGAGAGAUCGAGGUCGUCCAUGAGCUCCUCUUGGUCGCUCUUGGUCUUGGCCAGUACCGAGCCGAGGACGGAGCGACGACGCUAUUUGAGCAGGACGCCCUCUUUGGAGACACCAGUGUGGAAGUUGCGCCAAGCCCUGCUCCUGCUCAACAACCUCCCGAAGCCCCUGCGCCCGACGCAGCUCCUAUUUCCGCGACACCACCCCCUCUUCCUCCUCGCAAUCAUGCCGCAGAUAGAGGGUCUGACGUAGCGACGACGUCCGCGAGCGAAGGCGCGGCAGGCAACGCCUGGGGUGCCCUCAAGACGGGGGCUGCCUCUUCCUGGAAGAACAUCGCCACGACGUCAAAGGGCGUCAAGGACGGUAUCUCAUCCUCCUUUGCCACGCCCUCCAACGAAGAACAGCCGUCCAACGAGAAGCGAAAGAAGGACGACGGUCCAACGAAGCCAAAUGAGCCUUGCCACUACGAUUCCAGGGCGAGGGCCAUCAUCUUUGUCGCUGCGACAGCCAUGGACGUGCAGGGAAUGGACGCCUGGAUGGCCGAGAAGGUCGUUGCGCAGACGAUCUACUUCAUCAUGUCGGAAGGACGCGAUGCUUCCACGAAGCAGGGCCAGACGGAUCCCCUCGCCGACCUGGCCCAUCAGCAUGAGCAGGGCCAAAACGCUAGGAAGACGUGGAUGAACAGAGCGACGGGCUCGGCCGUAGCGAGGGAGAAGGGCAAGGCCAACUGGGGCAAGUGGGCGGCCACGGGUGCUGGGUUUGCCAUCGGAGGCGCCAUCAUUGGACUGACAGGCGGACUUGCCGCGCCUCUCAUUGCCCCUGCUCUUGUCGGUCUGACUGGUGUCUCUUUCCUCGCGACGACCGGUGGCAUCAUCAUGAUGGGCACGCUGCUGGGCCUGGGCGGUGGCGGCCUGGCCGGCUACCGAGUGCAGCGACGGCUGCGUGGCAUUGACUACUUUGAGUUUCAAGAGCUUCCUUCAGCAGCCCAAGAGGCCGGCAUGACGAUCCCUUCGCUCACGGCCACCAUCUGCUGCUCUGGCCUGCUGCUGCAGAAGCACGAUCAGGUGUCAACAUGGAGCAACGUUUUUCGCUCGUCCUUUGAUGCACGCGACGUCUUUGCAAUCAGGUGCGAGGAAGAGAUGAUGAAGCUCGCUGGCGAAGGCCUGCGCUCCUAUGCUCGCGACACGGCCCUCAUCUCUGGUGGACAGCGAGUGGGCACAGAGGUAUUAAAACACACGGCCCUGGCCGGUCUGGCCGCCUUGACGCUGCCCCUGACCAUCUACUCAGCCGCCAGUGCCAGCCUCGACGGCCGCUUUGUCCAGGCCAAGACGCGGUGCUACAAGGCCGGUCUGAUUCUCGCAGACGUGCUCCGGGAGCAGGUGCAGGGACACCGCCCCGUCGUACUCGUCGCGACGAGCCUGGGCUGCGUCACCGUCAUGACUGCCCUGGCCGAGCUGGCCAAGUCGCCCGACGACCACGCCCACCUCGUCGACUCCGUCUUUCUCAUCGGCGCCCCCAUCAGCCCCAGCCCAGGCACGCUGAGGCGGGCGAGGAGCGUCGUGGCGAGGCGCUUCGUCAAUGCCUACAGCUCAAAGGACAUGGUCUGCGCCAUUGCAGCUUGGCUCGGCUCCGGCAUCUCGCUCGAGGAGCUGCAGAGCGGACAGAUGCCACGCAUCUGCGGGAGCCGCGCCAUUCUCAACGUGCCCGGCGUCGAGAACGUCGACGUGGGUGACCUCGUCAAGUCGCACUUUGACCUCAAUGACGCCGAGGUCCUUGAGAGCGUCGUCGCGAGGUGUAGGCUCAUUGAAGGGUAACUGGUCACAUUCAGUCAAGCUUUUUUUUUCUCUUGUCGCUGUGCUGCCACGCCCAUGUAUGCUCCUUUUAUUCAUUCUUUGAUGCCUCCCAAU